AUUAGACUUGAGCUGAUUAAAUGAUUUUGACUUCAACUUAUUGACUAUCAGAAUUACAGUGGAGUGUUUAUUAAUUGAAAAAAAUAUAAGAUAUCGUGAAUUGAGAUUAAAUUUAAUAAAACAAUAAAUAUAUUUAUCGAGGUGCAAUGAGGGCAGGGAUUAAUAUAGAAUGUAAAUGUAGUAAGAAUUAUCGAGAGUUAUCUUUAAAAAAUGGUACAUUGCCUCGCAAUUCUGAACUUAUGACCUAAUCGUCGCCGCUGGCGGUUGUUGAAUUCUCGACAUUUUGAUGAAUCUUUUAUGCUUUUCAAUUCAGUCUUGAUUAAAUUAUUCAUCAAACUACAAUUUGGUGUGGCUCAAAAUUUUUUUUAUUUAUAGUAGACUUGAAUAACAUUUAUACAGUUUACAAUGUGGAAAAGUGUGUGUACAUUAAUACUUGCUAUUAUUUUUGACGUACAAUCGACUAUGGUGGAUUUAUCAUAUCGUAAUCUACAAAAAGAACAAUUUUUUGUGACAAUUCAACCACAAAUUAAUUUACAUAAUGUCACCGAUUUAAAUUUAAAAGGAAAUUGUUUUGAUAGUUUUCUCGAUUGUUCUACUAAUUUGAAUAACUUGAAAACCUUGGAUCUUGCUGAAAAUCGAUUGCAACGAUUUUUUUUUCUUUGCAAUGAUGAAUAUAACUUGGAAUAUCUAAAUGUGAGCCACAACGAAUUGGAGUAUAUUGAUGAUAAUGCUUUAAAUAAUCGAGUACCUAAAUUAAAAAUUCUGGACCUUUCGUGGAAUAAAAUUACUGUUAUCAAUGAAACUAUGCUCGAACAUAUGAAGAUUUUAGAAUUUUUAUCUGUUGCUCACAACCCCGUUAUCGAUAUCCACGAAAGAGCAUUUUUACAUCAAAAGAAUUUGCUUCAUUUAGAUAUGAGUAAUAUUUCAACAAGUUUCUUUCCAUCAUCUUUAUUUAAACCAAUGACUAAUUUAAAAUUCUUAAACAUUUCGUUCAAUCCAAUUGAAACGAUUCCAUUUUUGCCGAUAAAUUUGAUGGAACUAGAUAUUUCUGGAACUCAUGUGUUAUAUCUCGACAGCUUCAUACUUCCACGUCUAACAAAAUUGCAUAUAAAUUAUAUGCCAUUUAUUACCGAAGUGCUAUUGAAUGAUUUUGAAAAUUUAACUUUGAUGGAACAUCUAUCAAUAGAAAAUUGUCAAAAAUUAUCAGACUUAAGAGUUUGGCCACCUAAUACUAGAAUUUUACCACGAUUACGGUUUUUAUCAGUCAAGGGUUGUUCGUUAGAGACACUGACUGAUGAUCUGCGACCGAUAAUGCAAAGAACUUCAGUUGUGAAUUUGCAGAACAAUCCCUGGCAUUGUGAUUGUCGGAUGCAAUGGGUAAACAGGCUGAAUUUAUCAAGUGAAUUGAGUGCAGAAAUUAGAUGUAAAUCACCUGAAGAACAUGAAGGAAAAUUAUUAAUUAAAAUUCCAACUCAUGAUUUGAAGUGUGUGGAAUUUUUAAGUGCUGCAUAUCCAGCUUUAUGGGCAUCAAUUUCAAUUUUAAUACUUGCUCUUAUACUUACGGGUAUUUAUCUUUUCUGGAAAGGUCCUUUAAAGCAUUGGACAUUACCUAAACGAGGUAGUGAUUCAGUUUCUUAUAAAAAUGUAAAAGAAUCUUCAAAUGACUUGAUAAGAAUACUAGUAACUGAUGAUCGAGCUGAUGAAUAGAAUAAAUAAAUUUUUUUAUACCAUACGUUUUGUAUAUUUUGAUAGAAGAGAUGAGAAAUAUACUCUCUAUGAUUUUCUACUUUUUCUUGAUGCAGAAGAUAAUCGAUUGAAUGAGAGAACAAUACUUGUAUAAUAUAAAAGAAAUCAAAUUACCUACUUACAACAUAUUAUUCAACUAUUAUAUAUACAUCUGAAUUGAUGUUUUACGUUGAUGUUACACAAAGGCAAUGAGAAAA